AUGAGUACCACAUGCGCUUCGGAGAGCUCGUCUCUGCCGAGCGAUCUCUUCCUUCUCCCGCGGCAGAAUAAGGGGUUCCAGGUCCCCUACUUUCUCUCGACAGAAGAGGAGGCUGCAAAGGUGCGACCGCCUGCCGUUGUGAAGACGCUGGAGAAGCAUCUACAGGAAUUGUCGGCGAAGGAGCAGAAUGUGCUUGUUGCAUUCAGGGAGUUGGUCAAGGGCGCUCCAUGGUAUAACGAGGCUCAGCACGAUGACUGGUUGCUUAUCCGCUAUCUCAGGGCCCGCAACUUCGACAAAAAAAAGUCCUUCGCAAUGCUGGAGCGUUCCGUACGUUGGCAAAACGAGAACACUGUAGAAAACUGGGUGUGCGACACGUGCCUGACAAACCCUGACCAGCACAUGAUGCAGUUCGCGGGGUGGGACUUGCUACACCGCCCCGUCUGCUUCAUGGCAAUGCGGUGGGGCCCGGAGCGCACCAAUCCGCUGCGGCACUGCGUGUGCGCCUUCAACCAUAUGGUGAAGCUCAUGCCCGUUGGUGUAGAGCAAUGGGUCUGUGUGACGGACUUUGAGACGUACUCACACACGAGGGACAGCAGCCCAAAGAUGGGAUCCGCCGUGAUCCACACGAUCCAAGAUCACUUCCCCGAACGGCUGGGGCUUAUGGUCCUCGUUAACGCGCCCACGGCGUUUGGCAUUCUUUGGAAAUUAUUUUCGUUUGUCAUCGAUGAAAAGACGAAGAAAAAGGUGCGAUUUUUGUACACAAAGUCCAAACCAUACAUCAAGGACGAGUUCCCCAAAAUAUUUCCACCCGCGUUGAGCGAUUAUAUGUCUGAGAGCUACAGACGCAGCAAGGAGAACGCUCUUCCGAAGACACCCGUGUGGUACCCCGCAGAGAACGCCAGUGACGACCUAAGCGUCAGCAGUGGCAACCCCAGUAAGAAUAAGGGCAAGAAGAGCAGUUAG